UGGACAGGUGUAAAGAACACGUGUAACAUUUACUUUUGACACUUGAAAAAAGCAAGUGAAAAAUUAUCAUAACAAACGUUCAAAUCACCUGUAAACGCACACUGGACAGGUUUUAAAAAAUCACGUGUACAAAAAAAUGACAUUUGAAACUUGAAAAAUGAUCAUUAUAAGUGUUAAGACGUGUUCCGGGUAAGACGAUUUGAACCUGCUGUCAUUGGAGCGCGCGCCUUUUCAUUGCAACCAUGCCUGGACUACUGCUCGGAGAUGUGUUUCCUAAUUUUGAGGCCGAAACCACUAACGGCCAAAUUAAAUUCCAUGAUUUUUUGGGUGACUCCUGGGGUAUCCUGUUCUCCCACCCCCGUGACUACACCCCUGUCUGCACCACAGAGCUGGGCCGAGCAGCCAAACUCAGCGGCGAGUUCAGCAGGCGCAACGUGAAGAUGAUCGCCCUGUCCAUUGACAGUCUGGAGGAUCACCGUGGCUGGACCAAGGACAUCCUGGCCUACAACAAUGAGGAGUCUGGCUGUGAGUUCCCCUUCCCCAUCAUAGCAGACAGUCAGAGGGAGCUGGCAGUGGCCCUGGGCAUGCUGGAUCCAGAUGAGAAGGACAAGGAAGGCAUGCCCCUCACUGCCCGCUGUGUUUUUGUGAUUGGCCAAGACAAGAAGCUGAAGCUGUCCCUGCUCUACCCUGCCACAACGGGGCGUAACUUUGAUGAGAUCCUGAGAGUGGUCGACUCCCUGCAGCUCACAGCAAAGAACCGGGUGGCCACCCCUGCUGACUGGCAGCCUGGCGAGCGUGUGAUGGUUCCUCCAAACAUCCCUGAGGAGGAGGCAGCAGCCAUGUUCACUGCAGGGAUCUACUCCAAAGAGCUACCCUCAGGAAGGAAGUACCUGCGCUACACACCACAGCCAUGAGGGGCAGCAGAGGAUCACACCUAUAGUCACACAGUCUCCCACAGAACCACAGAGGGAGAUUGCCAUUCUCUUUAUGAUGGUGGAGUGCUGAUCAUAUCACAGAUUGACUGGUAGCAUUUUGCUGAUACUAUGGACUCAGGACGUGGUCAUGUCGCACAUGUUGUAGUACUGGCAUGUUCAAAGACACAUAGCUAGACAAGUUGGCCAGAUUCAGCAAAUCCAUAAAUACUGACAACUUGAUUUAUGGAGUUGAAUGUGCAGUUGUCAGGUUUAAGAUGUAUUAAAUACCUUGGACAGGUGUGCUGCCAUACUUCUAAUCGUGAGACCAUGAAUAAAACGCCUUCAACGGCAACACAGCCUUUA